AAUACGGAGGCCAUUACCACCGCCACUCGCCACCUAUAACAUGCCGCUCUCCCUGUCUUCCCCUGUCGUCUCCUCCCACCACCGUCUCUUUCCACCGGCGCCAACCUUCGACCAUCCGGCGAUCCUCCGAUCAUACCGUCCCUUCCAACCCCUCCGAACCACCGCCACAUUCAGUUCUUUCCAACUUCGCCGGCGAUCAACGAGUAACUUAAUGGCGUCUUGGACGACUCCAGGAGCGGCGACGAAGGGGGGAUCGGAGCUUCUUGUGUUUGAGAGUGAGGAGGAGUUGUCCGAUUCUCUGGCCAAAUACACGGCGGAUCUGUCGAAGAAAUUCUGUCUGGAGAGGGGGGAUUUCACCGUCGUCCUGUCCGGAGGCUCGCUCGUCAAAUCACUCAGGAAGUUGGUCGAGUCGCCGUAUGCGGAGUCCAUUGAUUGGGGGAAGUGGCACGUUUUUUGGGCUGAUGAGAGAGUAGUCCCCAAGGAUCAUCCGGACAGUAAUUACAAAUUGGCCUUCGAUGGUUUUUUAUCUAAGGUUCCAAUCCCCACAGACCAGCUCUAUGCCAUCAAUGAUUCCCUAUCAGCAGAAGCUGCUGCCGAAGACUAUGAAACUCGCCUAAAACAUCUAAUAAACAAGGGAGUAGUGCUGCUAUCUCAACCCAAAGGGUUUCCAAAGUUUGAUCUUUUGUUGUUGGGAAUGGGUCCUGAUGGUCAUAUAGCUUCCCUCUUCCCUGGACACAGUCUUCUCAGUGAGAACGAGCGUUGGGUUGCUUUCAUUAACGACUCCCCGAAGCCACCACCUGAGAGAAUAACUUUCACUUUUCCUGUCAUUAAUUCAUCUGCUAAUGUCGCGCUCGUCGUUGCAGGAUCAGGUAAAGCUGAUGUGGUGCAUCAGGUUUUUGGCAGCACAAACUCUUCUUCUGGGUUGUUGCCGGUUCAAUUGGUUAAGCCGGAUGAUGGAGCGUUAACUUGGUUUACUGAUAAAGCUGCGGCUUCUAAGCUGUAAGAUAAGGUGAGAAUUGUUAGUCUUGUUCUGCUAUUUUCUUGUUGUCGCAGUGUAACUUUAUGAGGGAUUUUCUGUUUGAUGUGCUUGCUAGUUUCCCGAGAUUUAGCAAUUUCAUCUUGCUUAUUGUAUGUAGAUGAAGUACGCUUAUGAUAUUUGCACUGAGUGACAUAUUUUUGGAACUACUAUUCAUA